AACUUCCAAUACAAUGUUGAAUAGAAGUGGCAAGAGUGGACACCCAUGCCUUGUUCCUAAUUUUAGAGGGGAUGCAUUCAGUCUUUCACCAUUAGCAUGGGUAGGAGCCCUUGCAAUGGGCAUGAUCUUCUUCUGUUCUCCCAUUGUGAGUAUAUUCACUGAUCGUUUGGGCUGCCGAAUCACAGCGACUGCAGGAGCUGCCAUCGCUUUCAUUGGCCUCCAUACCAGCUCCUUCACCAGCUCCCUAAGUCUGCGUUACUUCACCUACGGGAUUCUCUUUGGUUGUGGCUGUUCCUUCGCCUUUCAGCCAUCCCUCGUCAUCCUGGGCCACUACUUCCAACGCCGACUGGGUCUGGCCAAUGGCGUAGUGUCUGCUGGGAGUAGCAUCUUCUCCAUGUCCUUCCCCUUCCUCAUUAAUAUGCUGGGGGCCAAGAUCAAGCUGGCCCAAACCUUCCAGGUGCUGAGUACCUUCAUGUUUGUUCUCAUGCUGCUUUCACUCACCUACCGGCCCCUCCUGCCGAGCUCCCAGGACACUCCAAGCAAGAGGGUUGUCCAUACCCUGCGCCAGCGCUUUCUGGUCCAGCUCAGGAAGUAUUUCAACAUGCGAGUGUUCCGCCAACGUACCUACCGCAUCUGGGCUUUUGGGAUUGCUGCUGCUGCCCUUGGCUACUUCGUUCCCUAUGUACACCUGAUGAAAUAUGUGGAAGAGGAGUUCUUGGAAAUCAAGGAGACCUGGGUGCUCUUGGUGUGUAUUGGGGCUACCUCAGGCCUCGGGCGUCUUGUGUCAGGCCGUGUCAGCGACUCCAUUCCUGGACUUAAGAAGAUCUACUUGCAGGUUAUCUCCUUCCUGCUCCUGGGCCUGAUGUCCAUGAUGAUUCCCCUGUGCCAGGGCUUCUGGGGCCUCAUCGUUGUCUGCCUCUUCCUGGGUUUGUGCGAUGGCUUCUUCAUCACCAUCAUGGCCCCCAUCGCCUUUGAGCUGGUAGGCCCAAUGCAGGCCUCACAGGCCAUUGGCUACCUCCUGGGCAUGAUGGCCCUUCCGAUGAUUGCUGGACCCCCCAUUGCAGGCCUCCUCCGCAACUGUUUUGGGGACUACCAUGUGGCCUUCUACUUUGCCGGUGUACCCCCCAUCAUCGGGGCUGUAAUCCUCUUCUUCGUCCCUCUGAUGCAUCAAAGGAUGUUCAAGAAAGAGCAGAGGGAUUCCAGCAAGGAUAAGAUGUUGACCCCUGAUCCAGACCCCAAUGGGGAGCUGUUGCCAGGUUCCUCCACCCCUGAGGAACCCAUCUAAUGCCUCUUUAUUGCCAUUGUGUGCUCCUCCCAAGCCCUUCCUGAACUUCACCCCACCCCGCUCAGCAUUUACAUUUUUGCCACCAGCACACUUGCUCCUAAACCUACGCACACAGCGUUUUAGCCACUUGACCAUCCCCUUGGAGCCCAAACUCCCGGUGUUCCAAACUCAUUAACCAAACUCUCCCCAUGAAUGCCUUUAAACUUGCCAGGGCCCUGUCCUCCCAGGAUCUAGGGAAGCUUGGUAUUAACCCCCUGGCCUUUGGAACCUUUCCAUAUACUUUCUAACCCCUGGGGGAGGAAAGAGAUGGGACUUCCUGGCCCCAGCUUUUUAGUCACCCACAAAAAGCAAUUCUCAAAGGUGCUAUUGUAUCCUAGGAGCCUGGUGGGGAGACCCAACCCUCUGUCUGUGGAGAAGUUCAUUGCCAUCCAUCCUUGGUAGCUAUUGAUGGGGGGAGGAUGGGGGGAAGGAAGGGGGAGGUCAGAGAGGCAAAGUGAGACAAGGUGCCUUGUUUAACCUCAGAGUCUGAGAGCUGUGCCUUCUUAAGAGCUGUGGGUACCAUCAUUUUACAAGUGUACAGGCAGUCUCUGCAUCAUAUGGCUUUCCUCCAUUUUUUCCUCUACUGCUCCCUGUCUUCUCUUCCUCCUCUUUCUUUCUGUGACUGCCAUAAACACAUGGGUGCUUGGAGAAAGGAGGGCCCAGAGGCUGGGCCAAUCAGUCUCUCACCCUGGCCCAGCCUACCCCUGACACUAGCAUCAAUCCCACUCAUCUCAAGUUGAUAGAAUCAUAGACUGGAAGAGUAGCAUAUCAUAUCGGGAAGGGACCUUAAACACCAUAGAGCUCCGCUUACUGAUUUUAGACUUCCCAGGCCAAUGCACUAACCUGGAGGCCCUCACACUUCCCACUUUUGUAUCUGCCUGUCAAAUGUGAAGAAACUCCUUUCAUCUCAGCAGGUAGAGAAGGAUUGAUGACAGGGAGAUGGCAUGGUGGGAGGAGAGGCAGUAGUUAUUGCCAUGGUGAAUGACCAACUCCUCCAUUUCUCAUUACUCAUGACAGGUCAAUAUUUCCAUCUGGGGCAGGCCAGGGAAGAGACUGCCCUAGAGAAAAUUCCAUUCUCAACCUGAACCCCCAAAAGGUAUAGGUAGCAGCUAUACAGGGGUUGGACAAUUUCUUUUAGGAAGGGAAGACAUUUUAGCCUGAGCACCCUGGGCCACUCUGCUUAGUGGGCUUGCCACAUCUCCAUUGGGCAUGAAAGAUGCCAGAAAAUGUGGACUUUGGAACAUGUUCCUCCCUCUGAAAUAGGUGCCAGCUGCUUCCCUGUGCUCAAGCUCUGGGCAACAGUCUUGCUGAAGAGCAUUUCCAAUGCCUCUGACUAGGGACAGAGAGCACUGCCAGGCUGUGUCCAGCCAGCACAGCUCAGCUCAUUAGAAACUCAGCCUCUGCCCUCAUUCUUCCUCUUUGGGUCUUUUUCUCCCCUCUCUGGGCCUUUGCUCUGUUCCUGUCACCCCAAAUAUUCAUCAUCUUUUUGCCAGGCAUCCUUGGCUAUCACUCAGAGCUAACAAUGACCCACCACCCCAAGCCAGGGCCAUCACGGGGCCAGGAGGAUGAGGUUGCUCCUGAUAGGCUCCAAAAAGGACAACUGUCCCUACCCAUGAUUUUUUCCGUUACAAACAGGCAGCCUGGGCAUAGCUGGCUUCUGAUGGUAUCAUUCAAGGCCAAAGUCCUGAGCCCCCUCCACUGGUCCCCAUUCAGCUUUUAUCAAUUCUCCAAAGGACAAUCCACUGGUUCUUGGCUCUGUGGGUGGGAAGGGGCCCAGUUACUAACCUGUUAGUCAGAAUAGCAGUGGAGCAAAAGAAGCUGGCCCCCAUGAGUCCUGUAACUCCCAGGAAAGACCAUUCAAAGUGCUGAAGCAGCAAAUCCCCUGCUUCCAUUCCUCCCUACCUCACCCCCACUAUGUCACCAGAGGGUGGUUUUCCUGGGCAUUCUUUGUUGCUCCCAGUGUGGAUAGCUCUUAAGAAUAAGACUGCCAUCCACUUCUCUCCAGAUGAAGAAAAUACAUUCACAGAUCCCAAAUCUCCCUGAUCAGUUGGUCACACAACAUGGGGGCAUCAGUUUACUUCUUCUGACAUGUACAUGCACAUUUGUGGAUUUGUGUGCUUUUGGAGAGAAUGCUGGUUGGUGAUAGCAGCACAGUAUUACUAUUUAGGGUAGGAUGCAGCCUUUCAUGUGCUGCAGUUAAAUCUAGGAGAAUGAACAAAAUUUGGGAACUCAAGACCUGGGACAUUUACAUCCUCAAGGGGUUUGGAACAAAAUAAACAGAUCUAAAAAUCUA